GUCAAGAGGUGGGUCGAAGUGAGCGUUGAAAGAAUUAGCGGAAUUUUCAAAAUUUAAGGAACACAGAUUGCAACCAUGAGAAUCUAAUUAAUCAUUUGAUGCAGUAUGGGAUAUUAUAAGUAAGUUUGAAAUAUUCUUAUGAUGCACCCCCAAAUAUUUUAUUAUCGCCGCAGAAGAAAUCUUGAUUUUACUUUAAUGUAAAACAGUUGAGCGCCCCACUAAAAAAUUCAAUAACUUACAAAUUACAACAUAAGCUAUUAAGGCUUUCUCUUUAUUUUUUCUAUUUUGUCAUUCGUUAAUAUUUAUCUCAAAUCUCAAAACGACUAAUAAGCCAUUCCACUUGAGAUUAGCUAUAACGUACUGGACUACGCGGAACGGUAAAGCUUGAGGUCGUGAAUGUGAUUGUCGAGAGUGCUUAGUGGAAUGUUUGGGUUUUGAAGCUCAAUCAAACAUUUACUAUAACCUUCAAAUAUUUAUAAGUAUAUAUUAUUUUCGUUCAAUUUACGUUUAAUAAAAUGAAAUCCGAUAAUGAUGAUUACCAAACGCCGAGUAAAAUACGAAAAAUAGAGGAUUCCAACUCUAUUAUUAAACAAGAAACUAUUAACAAAUCUGGGAAUACUGGCUCUACUACAAGACUAUGUCCUUAUCUUGAUACAAUUAAUAGACAGUAUUUAGAUUUCGACUUUGAAAAAUUGUGUUCAGUAUCUCUGACGAGAAUAAAUGUCUAUGCAUGCUUGGUGUGUGGAAAAUAUUUUCAAGGAAGGGGUACUAAUACUCACGCAUACACUCAUUCAGUAGCAGAAGGACAUCAUGUUUUUUUGAAUUUACAGACUCUGAAAUUUUAUUGUUUACCUGAUAACUAUGAAAUUAUAGAUUCCUCUUUGGAUGAUAUAAAAUAUGUUCUAAAUCCAACAUUCACAGAAAAUCACAUAAGCAAUUUAGAAAAUACUACUAAAUUAUCAAGGGCUAUAGAUGGUUCACUUUAUGUUCCAGGGAUAGUUGGUUUGAACAAUAUCAAAGCUAAUGACUAUUGUAAUGUUGUUCUACAGGCUCUAUCUCAUGUAACACCUUUAAGAAACUAUUUUUUAAGAGAAGAAAAUUAUAGUAAAGUGAAAAGACCUCCAGGUGAUUCAGCAUAUCUAUUAGUUACUAGGUUUGGAGAACUCAUGAGAAAAUUAUGGAAUCCUAGAAACUUUAAGGCGCAUGUAUCACCACAUGAAAUGUUACAGGCAGUUGUUCUGUGGAGUAAAAAGCAAUUUCAAUUCACCCAGCAAGGUGAUCCGAUAGACUUCCUAUCCUGGUUUCUCAAUGCCUUACAUAAAGCUCUUAAUGGCACAAAGAAGAAAGACAGCUCGAUAAUAUAUAAAUCUUUUUUGGGUAAUAUGAAAAUAUACACCAGAAAAAUACCUUCAUUAGAUUUGAAUGAAAAGGAAAAGAAAAGUCUCUUAGCCACUCCAGAUUAUCAAGAAGUUGAAACAGAAUCACCAUUCUUAUAUUUAACUUGCGAUUUACCUCCACCACCAUUAUUUAUAGAUGAAUUUAGAGAAAAUAUAAUCCCACAGGUUAAUUUAUAUCAACUAUUAACAAAAUUCAAUGGACAAACAGAAAAAGAGUAUAAAACGUAUAAAGAAAAUUUCAUGAAACGCUUUGAAAUUACCAGAUUACCACCUUAUCUUAUAUUGUAUAUUAAGAGAUUUACCAAAAACACUUUUUAUGUAGAGAAAAAUCCAACAAUUGUGAAUUUUCCAGUGAGGAACGUUGAUUUCUCCGAGUUUUUGACACCAGAAAUAAAAGCAAAACACAAACAUACUAUUUAUGAUCUGAUUGCAAAUAUUGUACAUGACGGAGAACCUAAUAAGGGUACUUACAGAGUACACAUUUUACAGAAAUCAACUGGUCAAUGGUAUGAAAUGCAAGAUUUGCACGUCACAGAUAUUUUGCCGCAAAUGAUUACUUUAACUGAAGCUUAUAUUCAAAUAUAUGAGUUGAGGACGCAAUGAAAAUAAAAUUUAUUUUAAUUUAUGUCAAGAA